CCUCUUCAACAUAGAGAAAUCUGUGGGUGAAGUGGAUUGUAAUGGAGAAGAGCACAACUAAGGUCUGUGUGACAGGAGGUUCUGGAUAUAUCGGUUCCUGGCUUGUUAAAAAGCUCCUAGACAAAGGCUAUAAAGUCCAUGCAACACUCAGAAACUUGGGGGAUGCAUCAAAAGUGGACCUUCUAAAAUCUCUUCCUCAUGCAAGCACUAACCUAGUGUUAUUUCAAGCCAAUAUUUACAAUCCCAUUGAGUUUGAACAGGCAAUUCAAGGUUGUGAAUUUGUUUUCCAUGUGGCUACCCCGUUGCAACAUGAGACCCAAAACACAAAGUACAAGGACACGGUGGAAGCGGCUAUUGCUGGAGUGAAGGCCAUUGCUGGUUCUUGCACUCGAUCACAAUCGGUGAAACGGCUAAUCUACACUGCCUCCGUUAUGUCUGCAUCUCCAUUAACAGAAGGUGGUUUGAACUUCAAAUCUUGCAUCAACGAGUCAUGUUGGUCCCCUCUUGAUGUAUCAUAUGCUCAUAGCAAUGACUUUAUGAUGGGAUAUACAAAAUCAAAAACUUUGGCAGAGAAAGAGGUGUUAAGUUACAAUGAUGUUUGUGAUGGCAAGUUAGAAGUUGUGACGCUACCCUGUGGCCUGGUGGGAGGAGGGACUCUUCUCUCUUACAUUCCUCAAAGCAUGGAAGCAGUUUUGUCCCAACUUACUGGAAAUCCAUCUACUUUCAAGGCAUUAAGAUUUUUGCAAGAACUCUUGGGAUCGGUUCCUCUAGUACAUGUAGAUGACGUUUGUGAAGCACAUAUAUUCUGUAUGGAACAAACAUCCAUGAGAGGCAGAUUCCUCUGUGCUGUUGCAAAUCCAACAAUCAGAGAAUUCGCUAUGUAUUGGCACGAGAAGUACCCAGAAUACCAGAUAGCACAAGAGUUCAUGGAUGAACAAGAUAAAGGAGUAGUGGAAUUUGAUUCCAGCAAGUUGAUGAGGAUGGGAUUUGAGUACAAAUAUGACAUGAAGAAGAUAUUGGACGAUAGUUUUAACUGUGGAAGGCAAAUGGGUGCUCUCAAGUAAAAAUUUCUGGAAUCCUUUUUCUGGAAGCAUGGGAGGCUUAGGGUAGUAAUUUGUCAAGACUGUUUUUAUAUGUAAAAUAAAGGAGCAGAUUGUCAACUGGAAAGAAGAAAAGCUUUCUGUAAUUUAAAUUUGCUCUUGCCAUAUGUUUAAUUAAUGGUCACCUGGCACUAGCAGCACCAGUUGGGUUGGCAAUAUGCAUCAAAAAUCUGGAUUCAUAUCAAGGUUUAAGUCUCAAUAAAGACAGAUGUAAUAU